ACAUUACAAGGCGGGAAUCCAAUCUUUUCUGUUCUAAAGAGCAUCAAUCCAGUCUUCCUUGCAUUUCAGUAACAGUGUCCCGAGAGAGAGGUGAGAAAUCAUCUGUUACCCAUCAAAGUGCACGACGCAGUACCAUUUCUAUUUUAUGUGCAUUUGCUUGUAUUUACGGGAGCCAGAUGGUAGAUACAUAUUUCAAUUGCAGACGCAUUUUCCAUGUGAUUAGAUAAAGUGAAUAACUUCACUUUACUAUGGAUUAUUAUAUCCAAGCAGUAAUGCAAGUAGAAGAUAUACAAUGUACAGUAGAAAACAUUCAGGAGAGAAACACGUAAAAUGCAAGAUAUGUGGUAAUAAUGCAUGUUGUCAAGUGAUAAUCUGAAGAGCCAUAUGAGAAUUCAUACAGGAGAAAAUGCUUUAAAUGGUGUGUUGUUAAUAAUGCAUUUUGUACAAGUUAUGAGCUAAAAGUACAUAUUGCAAACUUACAGGAGAGAAAUUCUUUAAAUGAUAUGACUGUGCAUUUUUGUCAGUAAUCUGAAGACACACAUCGGAAAACAUACUGUUGGAAAAAUGUUGAGCUGUAACCUUUGUAAGUAUGUAUGUAAUAAUAGCUUUCAUCUGAAGAUGCAUAUGGCAGCACAUACUCAAGAAAAGUGCUAUAAAUGUAACAUUUGUGAUUAUUUGUGUACCUCAAAAAGUUCUCUGAAGAUGCAUAUCAAAAAACAUACAGGAGAGAAGAGCUUUAAAUGUGAUGUUUGUGAUUAUGCAUGCCACCAUGCCGCUAAUUUGAAGAGGCAUAUGGCAAUACAUACAGGAGAGAAGAGCUUUAAAUGUAAUUUGUGUGAUUAUGCCAGUGCCUGUGGCAGUGAUCUGAAGAGGCAUUUUGCAAAACAUACAGGAAAGAAGUUCUUUAAAUGUGAUUUUUGUGAUUAUGCAUGUAAAAACAGAAGUAAGCUGGACACGCAUAUUGCAGUACAUACUGGACAGAAACGAUUCAGAUGUAAUGUUUGUGAUUAUGCGAGUCAUUAUGGCAGUGAUCUGAAGAGGCAUAUGGUAAUACAUACUGGAGAGAAACGUUUUAAAUGUGGUGUUUGUGAUUAUAUGUGUCACUACGGAAGUGAUCUGAAGAGGCAUAUGGCAGUACAUACCGGAGAGAAACGCUUUAAAUGUGGUGUUUGUGAUUAUGCCUGUAAUCAAAACGUUUACUUGAAGAAGCAUAUGGCAAAACAUACUGGAGAGAUUUACAUUUUUUCAUGUAACUGGAAACAGAAUCUGAAGACACACACUGGAAAACAUCUUGGGGGGAAAAUGUUGAGCUGUAAUUUUUGUAAGUAUGUAUGUAAAAAUCGAAUUCAUCUGAAGAAGCACAUAGCAGCACAUACUCUAGACAAAUGCUAUAAAUGUAAUAUUUGUGAUUAUUUGUGUGCUUUAAGAAGCUCUAUGAAGAAACAUUUAAAGAAACAUACAGGAGAGAAGAGCUUCAAAUGUGAUGUUUGCGAUUAUGGGUGUCAUGCUAGCAGUAAUUUGAAGAGGCAUAUGGCAAUACAUACAGGAGAAAAACGCUUUAAAUGUGAUGUUUGUGAUUAUGCGAGUGCCUGUAGGAGUGAUCUGAAGAAACAUUUUGCAAAGCAUACAGGAAAGAAGUCCUUUAAAUGUGAUCUUUGUGCUUAUGUAUGUCAUUGUAGCAGUGACCUAAAAAAGCAUAAGGCAAUACAUACUGGAAAGAAACUUUUUAAAUGUGGUGUUUGUGAUUAUACAUGUCACUUCGGAAGUGAUCUGAUGAGGCAUAUGAGUUAUCAUACUGGAGAAAAACGCGUUAAAUGUGGUAUUUGUGAGUAUGUAUGUCGCUACACAAGUGAUCUUAUGAGGCAUAUGGCAAAUCAUACAGGAGAGAAACGCUUUAAAUGUGGUGUUUGUGAUUAUGCCUGUAAUCAAAACUAUUCUAUGAAGAGGCAUAUGGCAAAACAUACUGGAGAGACACGCUUUAAAUGUGAUGUUUGUGAUUAUGAGUGUUAUGAAAAGUACUAUUUGAGGAGGCAUAUGGCAAUACACAGUGAAGAAAAAAGCUUUAAAUGUGAUGUUUGUGAUUAUGAGUGUCACAGUGGCAGUAAUCUAAAGAGGCAUAUGGCAAUACAUACUGGAGAGAAUUUAUUUAUAUAACGUGGAUAAAUAAAAUUUACCUUUUUA